AUGGCGUCGGAGUCGGGGCUGCUGCGCUCGUCGGCGUACGCGCGGAUGCAGGCGGAGAGCCCGUCGGAGUUCGUCCCCAAGCGCGUGCUGCUCGGCCACGCCGCGCAGAGCAGCGAGGUGGACCGGGGCAACAGCUUCUGGGUCAAGGCGGCCGUCGUCUACGAGUCCGUCACCGGCGACCACGUCGACGACGCCACGAACGCCGUCGCCCGCGACCUCCUCCUCAAACUCGCCGCCAACUGCUGCUCCAAAAUCGAUUCGGAACCACGACCAAAAGGAUCAGAAAGCGACGGCGAGGAUGAGAAAACGAAGGAUGAAACGGCGGCGAAGAGGACGAGUCAUCCGGACGAAGGCACGGAGGAGAACAAGCGGGUGAUCGACGCCAUCUUCCUCGUCGUCGGCUUCCUCCCGCGGCUCCACACGGCGGUGGCGGGCGGCGGCGCCACCAGCCGUGACGCCGUCGACGAGAGCUUCAAGGCGACGCACAUGCAGGACAUCGUCACCGACGUGAUCAAGCUGGAGAACCAGCUCCCCAUCAAGCACCUGCUUGACGUGGCCGGCCAUGUCGAGGCGGAGGUCCGCAAGCUCGCCGCCCUCGACGAGUUCAAGAAUAUCGAGAAGGCUCUCAAGGAUUACAGGCUAGGCUUCGGGCGUCAGGACUUCGACGGCGUGAUCCGCUCGUUCUGCUCGUACUACUCACCGUUCUUCUCCAAGCCGCCGCCGCCGACGCCGCCGGCGUCGGCCAAGGACGAACAGGGUGGUGCCGCGGCCUCCGUCGAUCGCACGCUCCUGGACUGCCUGCACGACAGCGUGGUGCCGCAGCCUCCGUCGGGGAAGGAAGCAGCCGGUGGCGGCGGGGCGAAAGGCGGCAAGACUGCGAGGAUCCCGACGGCGAGGGGGCUCCGCCGCUCGGGCGUGCGGCUGGAGGCCGCGGAGGAGGGCCGCGCCGUGGUGCAGUUCAAGGAGGAGACGGCGACGCUGCGGCUGCCGGCGCUGGUGUACGACUUCAAGCUGGCGACGGUGGCGAGGAACCUCCUGGCACGGGAGCUCGAGGAGCAGAGCAAGCCGGUAACCCGCUACUUCCAGCUGAUGAACGAGUUGGUGGAGGAGGUCGGCGACGCCAGGAUCCUCCACCGCGCCGGCGUCGUGCGCGGCGGCGGCGGCUCCCGGGGCGCCAACGAGGUGCACGAGCUGAUCAAGAAGAUCGACGGCUACGCGACCUACCCCUCGGUGUUCAUGGCCAUGGACGUGCAGGUCGAGAAGGUCAAGGCCUUCCACGAUAAGCGGAUGAACAACUUCUUCGUCCGCUACCGCCCCGCCGUCAUCGCCGGGUCGUCGGUCGUCGCCGCCUCCGUCGUCGCCAUUGUCGCCGCCAGGAAGAAGCGUGGGUGAACCAAACAACAAUCAUUCAUUCAAUCAAUCAAUUUAGUACUCCACUUAACAAGCAAUCAACGCACGGUGUAUAAUACGUGCAUCUAUUCGUUUGUAAGGCGCAACUAAUACUUGCAAAUUACACAAUUACUUGUAAAUUACAAGAAAAGACAGCAAUUUAUGCAUCAACUUAGCAGGAUUUAUGUACCGAGCUCGAAAGAAACUCGCGAAAUAUUUUGCAAAAACAUUUCACUGGGAAUGAAUAAUAAAAGAAU